AUGUCCGCCGAUCCUAGAUACUGGUAUGACAUCAGUGGCGAAGAAGCAAAAAGUAUCGAUGGAUACCUUAAUUCGACUUCUUCUUGGGUCUCUCCGGAGGAUUUUGAUCACAAGGAGCAUUUAAUAGACAAUUGGAAAGGUGGAUCUAGCGCUAUAUCGCUGCUAUUUGAUAAUGUACAGACUCUUAAGCCUAGAGAGUGGCUCAACGAUAUUAUCAUAUCGUUUUAUCUGAAACUGAUCGUUGAUGAUCGUCAUGGUUCAAUUUUUUCCCUCGGUCCGCAUUUCAAUUCUCACAUCUACGUACAAGAGAGGGAACAGAGAAUCCAAAAAAUCAAACAUUUGGCUAGAUCACCAUUUAGUUUCGAUGUAUGGCUGUGGCCGGUCCAUGUUAACAAAAUACACUGGGCGGCUGUAGCGGCAUAUCCAGCCGAGCAUAUUGUCCUGAUCUAUGAUUCGAGUGGUCAAACAAUAGCUGACUCGCGAAGGUACGGCCUGGAGCUAAUAGAAUGGGCCAGUAUGGCAUGGACUCACUUUCAUCCCCAGAUUUCGGUCAAAGAACAGAUGAGUCUUUGGGAGAUAGGUAUCAUUGAAACCGGCCCUAUCCAGUCCGACGCGGUUAAUUGCGGUAUAUACUGCUGUCAAACCUUGUUGGAGCUUUCGAAGGGUAUACCCGAAAACGAUCAGCAUAUAUGGAAGUGGUUGGAUGCAGGAUGUGAUAAUAUAAGGAAGGUUAUGAUUGAGGAAUUGGCUCAGCAAAAGCUGAGAGCAAGAAGAUAG